AUGCUUUUCCUUUUGGGGGUUGGCCUCACUCUUCAUGUUCUUCUUAGAAGCCCUAACGACUGUUCUGUUGACGCCAAAUUUGCUCUGCCAGUUGAUUCUAGUAGUGUUUUUUCCUUCGCUAGCUCAUGCAUUUGGCUGGAAAGAAGCGUCGAACAUGGCCUGCAACAUGAAAAGUGGCCCUCUUGCUUAGCUGCUCCAUCCUCCGUUCAAUUCAACUGCUUAAGAGGAACUGCCUCCCUUCGGGGUAUAGGUUUGGAGACAAACUCAAAGUAUUCGGGCCAUUUUUAA